GCCUUGGGAGGAGGCACCGCAGGGGGCAUUGGCAUUGGGGAGGGCCACUGGGCAUUGGGAGGGGCAUUACCUUGGGCACUGAGCACUGGGGGUGCAUCGGGCACUGAGCAUUCCUCCUUCCCUGGCACCGGGGGCACUGCUUUGGGCCUUGAGGAGGAGGGGGCAUUGGGGGUCCGGCGUGGCCAGUCCAUCCCCGGGGGGGGAUGCUCCCUGCCUGCUGGGGCCCAGAAGGAGGAGGAGGAGGGCCCCCUGCUGCCCCCUGAGCCUCUGGCCAUGGCUGCCCGGCCGGGUGGGCUGUGCCUGCUGCUGCUGCUGCUGCUGCUGGGGCUGGGGCUGCCUGGCUCGGAGGGCUGUGGUCCCGGCCGUGGCCCUGCGCUGGGGAAGGGCUCCUCCUCCUCCUCCUCCUCGUCCCGCCGGAGCCUGGCUCCGCUGCAGUACAAGCAGUCGGUGCCCAACGUGGCGGAGCAGACCCUGGGCGCCAGCGGGAGGGCCGAGGGCAAAGUGGGGCGCCUCUCGGAGCGCUUCGGGGCCCUGGUACCCAACUACAACCCGGACAUCAUCUUCAAGGACGAGGAGGACACCGGCGCAGACAGGCUCAUGACCCAGCGCUGCAAGGACCGUGCGAACGCCUUGGCCAUUGCAGUAAUGAAUAUGUGGCCAGGCACCCGGCUGCGUGUGACAGAGGGAUGGGAUGAGGACGGACACCACCUGCCUGAUUCCCUGCACUAUGAGGGUCGUGCAUUGGACAUCACCACCUCUGACCGUGACAGAGAGAAAUAUGGCAUGCUGGCUCGCUUGGCUGUAGAGGCUGGCUUUGACUGGGUUUACUAUGAAUCCAAAGCACACAUUCAUGUAUCAGUGAGAGCAGAUAACUCCGUGGCGAUUCGGGCUGGUGGCUGCUUUCCUGGGGAUGCAGCUGUAACUUUACAGAGUGGUGAGAAGAGAAGACUCUCUGAACUUCGCCGUGGGGACUUUGUGCUCAGCGUCGAUCAGAGCGGGCAGGUGACACCUAGUGAGGUUUUGCUGUUCCUUGAUCGAGACCAGCACCAGCAGGCCAUAUUUGUGGCUAUUGAGACAGACAGCCCUGUCUACCGGCUGCUCCUCACGCCCUCACACCUCAUCUUUGCUGCACAGGAUCCGAUCAACAGCACAGCAGACUUCUCUCCAAUCUUCGCUAGCCGGGUGCGUGUGGGGGACUCUGUGCUGACGUACCAGGAUGGCAGCCUUCAGUUGCACCCUGCCCAGGUGGUCCGUGUAUGGCGGCAAGAGGGCACUGGGGUGUAUGCCCCCUUGACUUCACAUGGCACAAUUCUGGUCAAUGGGGUGCUGGCUUCUUGCUAUGCCGUGCUUGAAAGCCACCGCUGGGCCCAUCAUGCCUUCACCCCCUUGCGGCUUGCCCAUAGCCUUUUCUCACAGUUGCCUUGGAAGGGCGAGGCUAGGAAUUGCAGCACCCAGGAGAUGGGCAUGCAUUGGUACUCACAGUUCUUGUAUCAGUUGGCACAGAGUGUGCUGGGUCAAGACACUCUUCACCCAUAAAGACUUACCUGGCAAUGUGGUUGCCCUGCAGAUAGAAACCCACUCAAGAUCCUGUACCUUUCUUGGUCUUGGUUAGAUAAAGACCCCAUAACUGAUGGUUCCUUGAAACAUGAGUGUUUGGAGCUGCAAGGGAGGGAGUGGGGAGGGAGAAGAGAGAAGCAACAAAAUGAAUGGCAGGUGUGUCUUCAGAGGUAGCCUGUUUAAUUUAAAUCAAUUUAUAUGAAUGGUUCAGGGUAGGCUGUGGAUGGAGGACACUGGACUAACUGUAGACAUACCCACAGAGUUUGCAGUCAUCAAUGACACUGUGUUCCUCCUCUAAAUUUAGCACAAAAACCAUAUAUCCCAUUGUCUUUUAAAACUGGGGUGGUGAGAUUUCUUCUCCCAUUUCCCAUUGUUGUCUCAAAGUCUGGUUGAUAAUCAUUCAAAAUAAAAUAAUAGCUCUUUCCCACUCCCCUUUCAGCUGCUUAACUUGGACAGAUGGGGGAGAAUGAUGGAGGGAUUGAGCAGAAAUAAUAUCUGGUGGGUUGAAGCAGUAGUUUUUUGGGAGGAGUAUUUCCUCCAGGCCUGGAGAAGUACACUAUUAUUUAGAGCAGUGGCUCUCAACCUGUGCUCCAAGGAGCCCUUAGGGCUCUGCCUGCACUUCCCAGGAACUCUGUGCCCACUCCUGGAAAAUGAAAGAAAUAAACAUUGAAUGAAAUUAAAGUAUAAGAAUAUAUUCUUAUAUACACUCCUAAACAUAAUUAACUUGUAAGACAUAGGGUAAGCCUCUUAAGGGCUCAGCCAUAAAAAUAAGGGCUCUACAAGUUAAAAAGUUUGGGAACCCCUGAUUUAGAGUGAACAACAACCAAGGAGUUGGGUCAGCUGCCCACUUUUGCAAAAGGCAGUAUGGCAUGAGCAGUGUCCAUGAUGGUGGUAGUGUGGGUGGUCAUGAAGGGCCAAGUAAUGAGCCUGAGAUUCAACACCAAACAAGGGUGCUUUGAAAUAGUGUGCACUGGGUCACUUUAACUCAGCAUCCUUUACUUACCUGAAUUAUAACACUGGAUUCACUGGGGUCACAAGCAGGGAAACUCCAGUCUCUCAAGCACAAGGCUGGAACUCUCUUGUGCAGGCUGGAAAAGCUGAGUGGUCCUUCUUGUGAUAGACACCUGCCUUUUCUUCCCAGUCACCUUGACCUUGAUCAAGGCUCAUCUGUACUUUUCUGUUGCCAGAAAACUUCUUUAUCAAACUUUAAAAUUCUUGCUGCUCUUAUGAAGUCUACUGUAACAAGAUUAACCCUGCCGCUCCAGAUUUUUUAUUUUUAUAUUUAAAUACAUAGUAAUUUAAGUUGUGAUCUGCCCCCUUCCUCCCACUCCCAUGCAGGGUAUUAAUGUUAAGUUUGUCAGGGGGAGGUAGGGGAGGAGUAGGUUAUUUUUGUAAUCAGCCUUAACUUUUUAAAAAUGUAAAUAGUAUUUUUAUGUGUGUUUAACUAAAGAAAAUUUCUCCAAAUCCUAUUGCACAAAGUAUUUCUUGAAGGAAACCAUAGUCUGCUUACAUAUUGAGGAGGGGGGAGGACUGAU